CGCUGGUAAUUCAAGAUGCCCGGAUGUUAAUAUACUCGGAAGCAGGUCAGAGCAUCCUAAGAUGGAAUAUUUGGAAGAAGGGUCAUUUAUACGCCCUGUAGCAGUCAGUACAGAAGAGAUAGGUGAUCGCGUAAGAGUAUCAAUUAUAGUACCUCAUUUCACCGUUCAAAAAUCCUUAUUUGGUGGUGUUAAACCCAAACCUGGAGAAUCAGAAGUAGAUGUGAAGUUUGAUACAUGGGGCUUUGAAAUGAAAGCAAAAGUUAAGAGAAAAGAUGGAAAGACAAUGAAUUAUCGUCAUAAAGUUAAUAGAUUACCAGGAAAAGUGUAUCCAGAGCGAUGUAAAGUAGAGUAUAAGAAAGAUUUGAUGAUCCUCACUUUGGUGAAACAGGAGAUCACGUCGUGGGCCGCUACCCUUAGUGAUUUUGGCCUGGAUGUUUCAGAUUCGGAACAAAGUGAUUUAGAUCUUGACAUCUUAACACAGAAGCAGUAUGAGAUUGCUAUCAAAGAGGGUAAAGAAGAAGAUAAGACAAUCAGAUUAAUGAUAAUAGGAUGUUAUGGACAAGGAAAAACUACGUUGGCAAGAAGAUUAUUAGCACAAGAUGUCGAAGGAAUAUGCAGUACAAACGGCAUAGAUAUCCACAAUGUUGCUUGUACGCAACAUGGAGCUGUAUGGGAAAGUCUGCAAGAUGAAAAUUUACAGUACGAAAGCUUAAAAAGACUUGCAAUGAUUAAUGUUUCGGAAAAUAUGCCAUCCUUAGGUUCUGAUAGUGAGAACGUAUCAGAAAUUAUUUAUUCGAGAAUUAGUCCCUCUGCAGAUAUUGAAACAGCAGGUUCAAUGAGUAAUGAUUCUUUACCUUCAUCCCGAAGUGAAAGUGAAUCAAAUCAUUUACCAUCCAAGACAAGUAUUGAUAUCAAACUCUUUCAGAAGUUAAAACAGGAGUUGCAUUUAACUGAAGAUGAAAAGACGCAAAAGGUAUCAUUAUGGGACUUUGGCGGACAGUUCGUUUUCUAUGCGACGCACCAACUAUUCCACACAAGAGAUGCAGUUUAUUUACUGGUGUUUGAUCUGCAUAAAGGGCUUGAUUCCCCAGUAAUCGAUGAGGACUACCCUGGCGGUACACAUCCUUUAGUGAAAUCUAUGAAGGAUUAUAUUGAGUUUUGGAUUACUUCCGUUCAUUCUUAUGUCGGGAGCAGAGAUGCUACACAUCCACAGGUCAUUUUGGUUGGAACACAUAAAGAUCAACUAAAAGAUGAAAAUGAGGCUGAUGAAUAUUUCGAAAGUAUCAGGGAAAUGUUCGAUGGUCGUAAAUUAGGAUAUCAUAUCUGCCCCGAGUGUUUUGCAAUUGCAGGAAAGGACCUGGCUGAUGAUCAAGUAGAUCGUCUUAGGGAGACAAUAAUAAAGAUAGGAAGACAAAAUAAGCAAGUGAUACCUGCUCGCUGGAUACCUCUGGAACUUGAAUUGAAACAAAGAAAAAACGAAAACAUCAUAACUUUUCAGGAGGUGAUAGAAAUAGACAAAAGAAUGGAUCAGCCGAUAGGUUCAGCUCAUCAGGUAAAAUCUUUUCUGAAGUUCCACCAUGCAAGAGGCACAAUUAUCUAUUUUGAUGAAGGCGAACUGUCGGAGUAUGUCGUUGUAAAUCCGAUCUUUAUCGUUGAUGCUUUUAAAUGCAUCAUUACAUCUGGUAAAUUUUGCAAAAGCGAUAGAAGCCUGAGACCGUUGUGGCAAAAGCUUACUGUACAUGCAAUUCUGGAGCCAGACCUCCUGCAGGCUGUUUGGGGACACGAUGCUGAAAAUCGAUUUGUCAAAUGCAGAGAUGUUCUUAUUGCCAUUUUAAAAAGACAUAAGAUCAUUGCCGAAGCACUGAAGUUAGAUGAAAAAUCUGAACAUGUUUCAACUCUGGGUUACUUCAUAGUACCGAGUUUCUUGAGAAAAUCAAGGCACAACGAGAUAGAAGCAUUCUUGGAAGGGCGAAACUGUACUUCAGUUUCACUUGUUUUUGAAUUUGACAAUGAAGCAGUGGUACAAACAGUAUUUCAAAGGAUUACGGGUGCAGCGGUAGGGACUUGGUCUGUGGUUGACUUUCAAGAAUGCAAUUUGCUGUUUGAAAAUGCAGGAGUGUACAGGCUAAAUCUGAGCUAUGCAGGGGCAAUUGUAUUUGUGAAAAAUACAAUAGAAUUGCUCGUUGUUCACAUGUGCCCAGGGGAAAAGAUUUCUGUCGAAGUUCCAGACUUCUUUCGUCGAUUUGUUGAAAACGUUAUCAAGAAUGAAUUCAGAAAGCUUAACAGCGCUGACGUCACUGAGGUCCAGUCGUUCAAGAUUGCUGUAAGAUGCCAACACAGUCUUCACAAAUGUAAAGGAAGUAAAGCAACUCAUGACCUUGAAAUGUUGAAAAGCCAGUCCUUGAAAAAGGUUUGCUGUCCAGACAAUUUGGCACACGAAAGCCUUCAUAUUGACCGUAUAUUGCAAGAAUGGUUUCUGUAUAAGAUUACUAACAAAGUAGUACCGCGACGUAGAUUAUCGCAGCAAGAAUUCGCUUUGUUGUCUUCCGCCAUAGGAUCUGAAUGGAAACUAUUUGGACUGCUACUAGAAGUUGAUGAAGUAGCUAUACAACAUAUAGAGAUGGACAAUCAGAGAACGGCUAUGAGAAUUUAUGAAAUGCUUCGGACUUGGGACCAGGAUAAAAAGGAUGAAGCUACAUUAGAUGUUUUGGUGAACGCAAUUGACAAACUACCACCGAACACAGUCAAGUUGGACGUGGUAAAAAAUUUGAUCGAUAACAUAUGAUGGUAGCAAGGUUCAUAUUGAUUAGACUUAUAUAGUUGUAACACUUUUAUGUAAAAUACAAGGUACAGGUGGAAUCCUAGGCAAAACAUCUAACAAAAAUAACUUAAACGAAACUAUGAACUACUGCAGAUCGGGAUCUACGUCGUAUCGGUCCUUCCUACUUGGUACAAGACAUCGCAGGUGAUAAUUGACUCAACAAUAUUAUGUCUGGCAACCGCCUCGGUAGCCUAGUGGUAGAGCGUCCGCUUCGAGAGCGGGAGGUCGUGGGUUCGAUCCCCGGCCGCGUCAUACCAAAGACGUAAAAAUUGGUACUAGCAGCUUCCUCGCUUUGCGCUCGGCAUUAAGAGGAUAGUGCUAGGACUGGUCAGCCCGGUGUCAGUAUAAUGUGACUGGGUGGGAUGUCAUGCCACGUGUCUACGGCGUGAUAUUCCAGUGAGGCAGCACUAAAAAGUUGGGCAUUGUGCUCACUGCUACAAGUAGACACCGUCGUUUAUAUGACUGAGAAACUAUUGAAAAAGACGUAAAACCUGAACACACACACACGCACGCACACGCACACACACACACACACACACACACACACAUUAGGUCUGGCAAUUUUGGUUCAUUCAUAAAUACGUUUUGUAAUGUACAGUGCUAAUCUGUACAACAUGCAUUGUAAACAUUUAUAAUGAUAACAGUAUGAUAGUGGGAGAAUGUAGGAACAUGCAGAAAUUAUGGCUACUGCGGUGGAAUUAUCAGAUGAUUUUAAUUGAUUUAAUCACCAAUGCGGCUGUUACAAAGACAAUUUCUGAUUCUUAUUUGAGUUCUGUAUUAAGUUACAUAAACAAAACCGUGUACAUCGGAAUCAUUCGUGUUUAAUUAUUAUUAGUUUUGUUUAGAAAUAUUAAGGCAGUGCACUGGCAGAUCUUGAGUCACAAACAUAGAAUAAAAACAUAAUUAUAUGAUUAUUAUGUCUUAUUUUACCUAUUAAUGACAAAAAUAUGUAUUGACCGGUCACAGGACUUUCAUUACUGAUAUCAGAUUUUUGUGCAUCAGAGGCGUUAUGGAGUAUAUAGAGAUAGAUUUACAAAGUCAGUGGUUCUAACAAGAAAGCUAACAAUGUUCGACAUUAAGCAGCCCGAUAUAUUUGAACUAUGUAAAGCGCCUAUGAACGUGAAAUUGAUCAUGAAAAGUGCGCUAUAUAAAUCUGGUAUAAUAAAAUAAUAAUAUAGCAUCAUGGGUCAAGGGAACAUUGUUAUACUGAAAUGGUUCACAUUUCUGUCAAAUUUCUGGGUUAGUUUUAAUUGUUCUGAAAAGUGUUUUUCUUAAGACUUUUCUGAUUCAGAAACUUUCAAAA